ACCAUGAUUCAUUAAAAAAAUGUCGGAAAAUGAUAGGAAAGCUAAAUAAGUACAGUCUGUUAGCAAGACGUUUGUUCCUUGCGUACAGGCUACUCUGAAAAAUGACUAUUGAGUAUAGUAGGCCAAAUCGAAGAACGUUGUGUACAUUAAGAUGGCCAGCGCUCUUCCAGUAUCUUUGCAAGCCACCAAGGACAGGCUCCAAGUGGCUGCAAUAGACUUCGGUACCACCUACUCUGGCUACGCAUUCUCGUUUCGCACGGAUUUCCUGGAAAACCCUCUCAAAAUCCUCACCAACAAAUGGGAGUCCCAGGGCGGCUCAGCUACGCUCGUCUCCAUGAAGACCCCUUCGUGUGUCCUCUUCUCUCAGGAAGGAAAGUUUGACAGCUUCGGUUAUGAUGCUGAGGAGAAGUAUCUGACGCUUGCAAUGGACGAGCAACACAUACGUUGGUUCUACUUCAAGAACUUCAAAAUGCUUCUGUACGAAAAUAAGAACCUCACACGCUCAACCAUGCUUACCGACGACAAGGGUCUCAAGAUGCCUGCACACAAGGUGUUCUCUGCCUGCAUCCGUUACCUGAAGGACCACCUUGUUAACUUGCAGUCUGUGCCUGGGAAAAGCCUGAAGUUCCGUGAGAUGCACUGGGUGCUUACCGUGCCCGCCAUCUGGGAUGACUCCGCCAAACAGUUCAUGAGAGAGGCCGCCGUUGAGGCGGGUAUCGCGACAGAGAAUCUGUCGCUGGCUCUGGAGCCGGAAGCUGCCGCCCUGUAUUGCCGCUACCUGCCCAUGGAGAAGGUGGUCGACUCGGCUGGCAAAGCGUCAAUUGAAUCCUUCGCACCUGGGAAACGCUAUCUCGUGCUGGACGCUGGAGGUGGCACUAUCGACAUCACUGUUCAUGAGACGCUGCCAGACGGAACAGUAAAGGAAGUGUACAAGGCAAAUGGAGGCCCCUGGGGUGGCACAACCGUCGACAAGGCCUUCGUCAGUUUCCUGGAGGAGGUCACGGGACCGGAAGUGAUGCAAAUAUUCAAAACCCAGCACAAAGAAGACUUCCUGCAACUGAUGAGAGAGUUCGAGAUCAAGAAGAAGACGAUGGAGCCCAAGGACGACCCGGACGCCAAGACGAUGUUCCGGAUGCCGCUCGCCAUACACGAGACCUUCAGAACUGUGCACGGAACCGACUUCCGGAUGAGUUUGCUGUUAAAACAAAAUCUGAAAGACAACGUAACGUUUACUGGUGACAAGAUGAGAGUCAAACCAGCACAAAUCCAAGCUCUUUUUCAGAAGACCAUUGAUCACAUUGUCAACCAUCUGACUGACAUAUUCAAAAGACCGGAAGUUCAAGGGGCAAACAUGAUUCUGAUGGUCGGCGGGUUCUCAGAAUCAAAAAUGCUUCAGAACGCUUUGAAGAAGAAUUUCCCGUCCAAACAACUGGUCAUUCCUGAAGACGCGGGUUUAGCGGUUUUGAAAGGAGCUGUGAUAUUUGGUCACAAGCCAGAUGCCAUUGUGGCCAGAGUUACACCAUUAACGUAUGGCAUUGAAAUAUGGCCGCACUUUGACGCAAGUCGUCAUCCACGUUCAAAGCUGAAGAUGAUAGAUGGAAUUGCACGAUGCGCAGAUUAUUUCGACAAACAUAUCGAAGCGGAUACCGAGGUGCAAGCUGGAAAGACCUUUGAAGAAAAGCAAUAUUUUCCUUUAACAGGCGACCAAACAAAAAUGUCUAUAAAGAUUUUCGCAAGCCCAAAUAAGAAUCCACGUUACACCGAUGACAGUGGCUGCUCAUUCAAGGGGAAGAUUCUUGUGAAUCUACCUGAUGGCAAAACGGCAAAUGAAAAGGAGGUGGUCGUAAAGAUGAUCUACGGUAACACCGAGCUGAAGGUUGAGGCGCGGGUUGUGAAGACAGGGACGGUGUUGAGCGCCACAUUGGAUUUCUUAGGAUGAUCUUGCCAACUUGUGAUACCAUAACUUUACUGUUACUAUGUGUGCGUUGAAACAUCGUUUAUCCCUUUAUCCCUCCAUACGCACACAUUUUGCAAUUUAUAUUUUGGUUUAUCAAGAACAAAUUCGAAGCCAUAGAAGUGCCAUGUUAUUUGGCUGCGUAUUUUUAUUUCUUAUAUUUUUAAUGUUUGUUUGUUAUGACAAGGUAUUCACGUUAUUGUGUCGUGAUAAAUCUGUUAAAUGAUGAGCUUUAAUUAUUUGGCGUUUGUUAUAUAUUAUGUAAAUUAAUGUAUCCAUAUAUUAUUUUUAAGAACACCCUUCUAUUCAAUACCUAGAUCUAGUAUUUUAGUUUUGGGUCAUAUGUAUUCAAUAUGUCUGUGUUGUAGCCCGGCAUUUCACUUAACACAGUGUUGCCAUAUUUGUGAAAAAUGCAUCCAGUUUUGAUUCGCAGAACAGUAAUAUACAAUCACUAUAUUUUCAGUUCGAUAUAUUAGCAAAUUGUGUUGUUUAAACGUGAAGCAAAUUGCGUUAUUACUAUUUAUACACUGAUUACUGUCUUUUGGUAAACUUGCACUUUAAGAAACUUGUUUUCAUGGAAUUUUUGUUUUGUUUCUCUUACAUCAUUUCAAUCAAUAUAUAAAACACAGACUUACCUUGUAUUUACACGUUUAUAAGUAUUUGUUCGCUAUGUUGUUGUAUUUAAAUUGUUAUAAGUAUUUGAUCGCUAUGUUGUUGUAUUUACACUGUUAUAAGUAUUUGAUCGCUAUGAUGUUGUAUUUACACUGUUAUAAGUAUUUGAUCGUUAUGAUGUUGUAUUUAUAGUGUUGUAACUACUGUAUUUGAUUGGUAUGUUGCUGUAUUACUUUACCAAGAGUAAACGGAUCCCCUUAAAACAAGGUGUUUUAGUAAAACACAAAAAGUCAUGUAUGUUGAAACAGCGUUUUAUUUGAUAUGUUAUCUGACGUUCAUACAUUAAUUAUUGACUUAUAUCAUCGCCAUCUACAUUUGUGAUUACCAUGCUACUCUGAAAUGUUAAAGCAGUAGUAAGUUACGCAUAGUUUGAAUUAUGUUUUGUAGGAAUGUUGUUAAAACGUUUACGAAAAUAAAUCGAUAUGGGUCAGAGAUAUAACGCGUCGAUGAAUUAGAAAUGAUUACAAUUGUUUUGAUGAGGAAACGCGCAACUAAUAUACUCAAUUAUCAUACGUAAUGCUAUUCCUAAACUUACCAAGUAAAUAGAAGUUCAACAAUCGCCCUCUUAACAUUUAAAUGCAAACAAUAAUGCGCAUGAUUUAAUUCAAAAUGGUUUAGUCUUAUCUUUAAAUAUACACUAUCCUCUAUUCAUAUAACUUUGUGCAGCUCUAUAUGAUCGUGUACUUUUUUAUGACGUAAACUUCUAAGCAACUUUCGAACGCACGUGCCCGAAAACUGUUCACUUUUGUAACGCGAGAAUAUCCACAGCCGAUAAGACAACAAUCAUGAGAAAAAAACACAAUAAAUAUGAUAUAAAUUGUCCGUUUUUUUGACCUCGUUCCAAAGAAAUAGCCUAAACAAUGUUAAAAAUCUGCACAUUUCCUUCACCAGACGGUUUUGUGUGUCAAUGUUUUGAUCGUAAAAUGUUGUAAGAGUAGUUUCCCUUGGAGGCCCGUCUUGAAUUUGUAUUUUGCUCUCUGUACUUUGCAUUACAAUACGAUUAAAGUAUGCUGUAUA